AUGCUCUUGCGAAUUUCCUUUCUAGCCAUCUUCGUCCCGGCUCUGGCGGAGCAGAAAAGUUUCGAUGAUGCCGUCAGUAGCCUGGAUGCGGACUGCCUUUGUCCGAUAUACACUGCUCUAUCACAAUACACAUUCGCUGGUAUACCUGCUGGUGGAAGCUAUAACCAUUCAAUAUCGGUGACGGCCUUCUUUGCCGAAGAAAGCUAUAUACAGACUUUGACGAACUUUGACAGCAUAUGCAACAGCACCGUGGAAAUCGCUUCUAUGUAUGCGAGUGCGAGGGCAAGGUGUGAUGGAGGUAGUCCAGCCGCUAGCGUAUCGUUCUGGCAGGAGUUGUGCGAUGUCGACAUUUCAUCGCUUGAGGUCAAUGGAUCCACAACUUACACUUCAAUGCCUAUUGUUGAUCCAGAUGUCAAUACAACUGCCUCUACUGGAACCAUAGAAUAUCCCAUUCUCUUGAGUGAGUCAUACUAUAAGCGGGCAUACAAAACAUGUGUAAUUCAUGAUAAAGCACUGGGUCAGGAUAUCCGCUUUGGCUGGGGACUUAUGGGGUACUGGGCAGCUAUCCUGGUAUUUGGAAUGGCGCAGAAGAUCCUCGGCCUUUGGUCUGCUAGGCGGGCUUUUGACUCAGGCAAGGAUACUGAAGCCAAUGCAGUCUCUAGACCCAUAGAAUGCAAGCAAAUCCCUACCCCGCUGUCUUCAAUCUCUUAUGCUUUGCGUACCCAUAUUGUUGUCCCAGCAAGCUUCACCCCUAUAUUUUCUCAUUACCAGCGACUUCUCUACGGACAUAGUGUCCCUAAACGACUUGAUUUUCUAAUUGUUUCCGGAUUCUGGAUUCUCUGUGUCCUCUUAGCUUGUGUCAACUACAAUGGAGCUAUCAGGACAUCGACCAUGCCCCAGCGCAAUUGGCAUUAUACGUCCGAUCGGACGGGCAUUCUCGCGUACGCUUGUCUACCGUUCUUGUGGCUAUUUAGCGGGCGCAACAACAUCUUCCUCUGGGCAACCAGCUUCGACAUUCAAUCCUUCAGCACGUUCCAUCGGCAUAUUGCGUGGGCGUGUACGCUACUUGCCAUUGUUCACUCGAUUGGUUAUAGCAUCAUUUUAGCAGACUAUGAGGACGCAUACCAUGAAGCAUGGAGCCACAAGCCGUGGUACAUGGGUGUAAUAGCCAUUAUUGCCAUGUCAGUAUUGUUAAUUCACUCUGUCACCUGGCUACGCCGCAGUUGGUACGAGGUAUUCCUCCUUUCCCAUAUCAUACUCGCCAUUGUCAUUAUCUAUGCUCUAUUCCAACACACCCGCCCCGACGGUCCCCAGUGGAACCCCUACCUCUGGACCGUAGUCGCAAUAUGGAUGUUCGAUCGCAUUUUUCGCAUAGCCCGGAUCGCAUACUGCAACCUCCAUAUCCGAUUUAGCGAACCACAGAUCUCCCUCCCAUCAUCAUCGGUCACAUACAAUCCUGACAGCGAUCUGAUAAUGAUAGAUAUUGAGGCACCUUCACAUCUUACUCCCAAACCAGGUCAACACUACUUCAUCUCGCAACCACUCAGUGUACAUUGUUUGGAAAAUCACCCGUUUGCACUGGGUGCAUACGCCAAAGCAUCAUCCCGUUCGCCGAAGGAGAAAAGCAGGUUGACCUUCUAUAUCCGUCCUUACAAUGGAUGGACGAAGACCCUCCGUGAUCGUUGCACCAGGGCCAAAAAUACCAUACAACCACUCCUUCUACUAGAAGGCCCAUAUGGCCACACGGCACCGCUGCAUACCUUCAACACGGUGCUUCUGAUUGCCGGUGGAACGGGUAUCGCAGCUACGCUGCCAUAUAUACUCGAUCAUGCCGCUCGGCUAGAAACCCAAGCCACGAAAACGACCAGACUCCAUCUUAUAUGGUCGGCUCGUCAGAGGGGUAUGUUCAAUACUGUACUCUCUGGCGAACUGAGCCACGUGUUGCAAUGCGAGGGUGUCACUAUAAGCUUUUUCUGCACUGGUGGUGAUCCGAUGUCACCGAUUGAGAUUGAAGCUAUCGAUAAGGAGGUUGCUAUUAACUCUACAUCAAAUAUACAUUUCUGCAAUGGUCGUCCUGAUAUCCGUGGAGCUGUGGAAAAUGAAGCAGAAAUCGCUCGCGAGUGCAGCACGAGGCUUGCGGUGCUUUGCUCUGGACCGGGUAUGAUGGCAGAUGAGUGUCGGUUAGCGGUGUAUGAGGCCAUGAGAAGGGGGUGUCGCGAGGUACGGUACUUUGAGGAGGCAUUCACUUGGUAG